GCUGAAGACUCAAGACACUGCGUAUCGCCGGUGUUCCCUCACACACAGCCAUUGCAGAGCAUUGAGAUUCAGCCAUAGUCCCUUGAUACAGCCGUCAAGAUGGUGAGAGAGCCAGGAAAGCCGAGGGGCAAGAUGUCCUCCUAUGCAUAUUUUGUCCAGAUCUGUCGGCAGGAGCACAAGAAGAAACACCCCGAAGUAUCUGUUAACUUUUCGGAGUUCUCCAAAAAGUGCUCAGAGCGAUGGAAGACAAUGUCUCUGAAGGAGAAGGGCAAAUUUGAAGACCUUGCCAAACAGGACAAGGUCCGCUAUGAGAGGGAGAUGAUGAGCUACGUCCCACCCAGGGGAUCCAAGAAGAAGAGGUUCAAGGACCCCAACGCUCCCAAGAGACCCUCAUCUGCCUUCUUCAUCUUUUGCGCAGAGUAUCGCCAGAAGGUGAAAGGCGAGACUCCCGGUCUCACCAUCGGAGACGUGGCCAAGAGGCUGGGUGAGAUGUGGAACGGCACCGCUUCAGAGGACAAGCAGCCCUUUGAGAAGAAGGCGGCGAAACUGAAGGAGAAGUACGAGAAGGACGUCGCAGCGUACCGCGCCAAGACCAAACCAGGCGCCGGCGGGGCGGCAGCAGCAGCAGCGACAACAACAACAGCGACAACAACAACAGCGACAGCAACGACAGCAACAGCAGCAAAAGCUCCGGUCAAGGUGGAGAAGAAGAUGGAGAACGACGACGACGAUGAUGAUGACGAUGACUUUGAUGAUGAUGAUGACGAGUAGGUCGCGGGGUGACAUGUGAAAUGGUCAUUCUUGUUUAUAAAGCAUUUAACCCCCUUGUACACACUUAACUGACUGAAAGAAAAAAAUAUGUUAGUCUUCACGGGGUAGAAAAAUACAACAAAAAGGCUGUGUAUAUCGGUUGUUUUUAUGCUGUACAGUUAAUUUUCUCCUUUUUGUAUAGUUGACACAACACAAGUAUCGUGUCUGUAUCUUUCUGCCAGUCUUAUUCUUUUCAGUGAUAGUCCCUAGAACACUAUCCUGCCUGGUACAGUGUAAAGGGGCGGGGCUUGCAGUAUUUAGCCUUGCUAGAGGUGCACAGCACAUUAAAAAAAAACUUCUGAGUGUUUCUUCUUUCCCUUUUUCUUUCCUCUUCAUGUGUGUUUUAAUUUUAAAUAAGUUAUCAAAAAUGAAAUAUCACAGUUGUUUUACUGAUCUUUAUGUGACACUGUAAUAGCAAGAAUAAGAAAAAAAACAGCUUGUUUAUUGUUGAAAGUUAAUUGAAAAUUGCUUCUGAAGUCAAUAAACUUUCUUUUUUUUAAA